CUUCCUUUUUGUUCUUCCUGUUUCAGAAUCAGAAGACGGGUCAGACUUGUUGUACGAAGUAAACAGGAGUUGUAUCGCUACAUCUAUCAAGUUUAUAAAUUUGAAAUCAUGUCUCCAACUCCGAAAAGGCCCUGCACCAGUUCCUUGGAUGACAGUUUAGAAAAAAGGAUAAAACGAAUUUCGAUUGAAGGCAAUAUUGCUGCAGGUAAAUCCACCUUUGUGUAUGCACUUGAGGCUCAGGGUAAGGACUGGGAGGUGGUUCCAGAGCCCAUUGCCAGGUGGUGUAAUGUGCAGACCCAAAACAGUGAAUUUGAGGUACUCCGGUUUCCUCCCACAGUCCAAAGACAUGGCUCAGGCAGUAAGAGCAGUCAUCUGGCAGUCGGAGGGUUGCCGGAGCUCACCACCUCUCAGAAGAGCGGAGGGAACGUGCUGCAGAUGAUGUAUGAGAAACCAGAGCGCUGGGCCUACACCUUCCAGAGCUACGCCUGCAUGAGCAGGAUUCGCUCCCAGAUCAGAUCCACCAAUGGAAAGCUCAGAGAAGCGGACAACCCCGUGCAGUUCUUCGAGAGAUCCGUGUACAGCGACAGAUACAUAUUUGCAGCGAACCUGUACGAGAGCGAAUGCCUGAAUGAAACGGAGUGGGCCAUUUACCAGGACUGGCACGGGUGGCUGCACAAACAGUUCGGGAAGCACAUCGAGCUGGACGGGAUCAUCUACCUCCGAGCUACACCCGAGACAUGCCUUGAGAGGCUGCACCAGCGAGGAAGAGAGGAGGAACAGGGCAUCCCCCUGGAGUAUUUAGAGAAGCUCCACUUCAAACAUGAAAGUUGGUUACAGCACAAGACCAUGCGCAUGGAAUUUGACUAUUUGUACGAUGUGCCGGUUUUAACUCUGGAUGUAAAUGAAGAUUUUAAAGGGGAUAAAAUUAAAUGCGCCGAUAUGAUUGAGAAGGUGAAAGAGUUCCUGAGUACUUUAUAAACACUGGUCAGGUGCUGGAGAGGACCAUCAGUUGAAGUCAGUCAAGAGAAAUAAUUUGGCACAGACAUGAAUUUAAAUGAAAUCACAGUUUUCUGAAAUAUGUGACAGUUUAUUGGUUUUUAAAUUAAGAUUUGUGUGUAAUAACCCACAAACCCACUCAUUUACCCAGUGUGUUUCCAUGUAUAUUUUUUAAGUUAAUAUUAAAUAUGUGCUUAAUGUAUAUGCCCAUUUCAAACCCUGAACUAUGUGGGAACUCCAGCUGCAGAGAGAACCUGAGCUCAUGAUUUACUUACCGCCAGUGAGAAACACGUGACCCAGUAGUGCGUUACCCCAACUCCGCCAUGUCACUGCAGCAGAAGGGGAGUCUACGCCUCGUUCUUCGCACCCCUCUCCGCACACUAAACGAGAGGCAGUCUGUGGAGCGGGACGAAUCAGCGGAUUCUGCACCAUGGACAUUUCACAGCUCUCCUUCACCCGAACCAUAGAGGCCAGUCCAAAGGGACCAGACUGCAGUUCAUUAUUAAUAAUUAUCCUGGUGAUUAUACUAUGUGUACACAUGUUCUGGGACCCAUUCAUAAAGGAAGGGAUAGGGCAACUCCAGGACAAAUGCAGGCGUUUUCCCCAUCCUGAACCAGGUGUCCUUACACACCGGUAUUAAGGGGCGGCAGUUCCAGAUCACAACUUGCUUUUUAAACAGUCGAUAUCUUUCUCUCAUUCCACAUAAAAUGAGUAUAAAUCAUGAAUGGCCAGCAUUCGCUAGACUCCAUAUGACAUGUUAGGUGUUAGGUAAUGUGCUAUGUUUUAACACUUUAAAUGUAUAAGUAGAUGUAUCCCAGUAAUUGGCUAAAAGUUUAAGUUUUACAAAUUGUGGAACAAUAUUUUAAUAUAAAAUAUACAAAUAUUUCUAA